AUGAAGAUACUAGCCGGUCUAUUGAACCGAGGUUGGAAGUGGUUGAAUCGUCCAGCUUGGAACUAUUAUCCUCUUUCCACUAAAACCCCACCUUCACUUAUAUCGAUCUGUGGUCUAAAACUAGCGAAAACUCCUAAACGAAUAAUAUUAUUAUUUGUCGUAUCGCUUGUCACGAUACUUAUUUUGGCUUACAAUAUAUUUAGUUCUUCGGAAAUAGAAUACUCAAAAGUAUUUGAUGGCGAUGGCACGUGUGACCUUCCAUCGUGGAAAAAUAUAACGCAAGACCACACCGUAAUUGAUAUUAUCCCCGGUAGGACUUUUAUUUCGAUACAGUAUGAUCCAUUAACUGGUGGUCAGCUGAUCAAUGUCGAUUGUAAAAUUCCUUUUGAAUAUCAUUUUCCAAGUAUGCAUUCUAUUUUUAGUUCAAAAUUUAAAUUGUGGGAUCAAAGCAUCGAUGGACUAUUGAAAUUUGAGGAGGAAUAUGUGUUGAUCAAAUGUGGAAGCGAAUCAAAUUUUUUGACGCGUGAACCUAUCCUCAAAGAGCAACAAAGCAUUGAACCGAAUUCACCUUUACCAGAUCACAGUAUCUUACAUAAUCAAAGUCCAUUAGCGGAUGAUGUCGUGUUCCUUUUGCUUGAUGCAGUGUCCAGAGAACAUUUCAAUGAGGAAUUUCCAAAGACUGUCAAUUUUCUAAAGAAUAUGCAGCAAUACACUAAUAACACGCAUGAAACAUUUUCAUUUAAUCGAUAUAAUGUAUUGGGAUUGAAUUCACCCCCGAAUAAAGCUUUCCUAUACUCGGGACAAUCAAGAGAUUACUUGAAUUGGAACAAAGGAAGCGCCAAAGCAACUUGGCUAUGGGAGUUAUUUGAAGAUCAAGGAUUCGUUACUAUGCAUUCUGACGGUGAAUGUGGUGAUUGGUGGGAAUGGCCAUUCACCGGAUAUGCGGACGGAGCAAUAACUUAUUAUUACCAAAAAGUUCGAGGCCAUUUACCGGCACAACAUCAAUUCCCUCAUGUGUCAAUAUGUGAUGUUUACAAAUUAUCUAAAGAUAAAGAAUUCGGGAGAACGUGUAGAUUACAACAUGACAUGGACUCUCAAUACGAGUCCAAUACAAUUGCGGGAAUGAUCGUAAAUUCUCGAUUUUGCAUGGGUCAAAAAGCUGGUUAUGAGGUUCAAUUCGAUUAUUUAAGACAAUUUUUGGAUGUCUAUAAAGGAUUGGAUGAGAACGAGGAGUAUUAUAAAAGAUUUGCAACAGUGACAUUGAUGGACACUCAUUCACCUGAAAAGAAAAUUAAAAGUCUUGAUGAUUCUAUGGUCAAAUUAUUAACAGACCUACUGAUCGGUGGUGAAUCAGGAGAGAAACCGUUACUUCAUCCAAACAGUGUUGUUGUUAUUUUAUCUGAUCAUGGAAUACAUUAUGGAUCUGAGUUUGCUUCAUAUGAAGGAUACUUUCAUCAUAAACAACCACCAUUACACAUGAUCCUCCCGAAAACCAUUGCCGAUCUUCAUCGCCCCGGAUUUCUCAUCAACAAAGAUAAACUUACCACUCACAUGGAUCUUCAUAUGACCCUACUUUAUCUGGCAUUCGGUCAAUCGGAAAAUAUGAAUCCCCUCUCAACUGCUGCUGCAUUAAAGGAAGCCUCCAAUUUUUUCCCGGGCGGCGCAGACGAAAAAACUAACGCGCAGAAAUACGGCGACAUACUCUUAUUACCAAUAAACGCGACAAGAACAUGCCAAAGUAUUGGCAUUCCACCCGAAUUUUGUCCUUGUGUAAAAUUCACUCAAUUGAAUAAUAAUUUAACGGAUGAUGCGAUCAUCAUACAAAGAUUCCUUGAACUGGCGGUGGAUACAAUGAAUAUGCAUAUAGAUACAUUGCAAGUUGGCAAAGUUUGUCAAAAAUUCGAUUUUCAUCCAACGAUAGCAAAUUCAUCAACGACGAAAGAAUUCGAAUAUGGUGAUGUGGCCUUCUAUUCGGGUUAUUAUUUACCUGCGAGCAAAAAAGAAUCACAAGUCUAUUCGAUGGUGGCAAAUAUAAAAACUUUUUUGGCAAAGGUGAAGUUUACUGCUGCUUAUGAUGACAUAAUGAAUGGACGUAAAAAUAAGGUUGAUGUGACCCAAAUUACUAGUUAUAAAGAUGAAUGGGAGGGAAUAUGUAGAGGACGAAUUCGUGAUGAGGUUGAGGAUGGCGAUAAUAAAGUUGCUAAAGGAGAAUCUUUAUUAAAACAUUUUUCUGAGGCAAGUUUGGCAGCAGCUCAAAAUGAACAACCAAAUUUUGUUGUUGCCAUUCUAAGACUUGUAGCGGCUGAGGGUGCCGAUCAAGUAGUUCGCCACGCCUCGGCUUUAUAUUUUAAAAAUUACAUUAAACGAAACUGGGUACCGGAAGACGAGGAUUCUAAUAGACUCUCUGACGAAAACAGAGAAUGGAUAAAAGCAAAUAUUAUUGAUGUAUUAAUUGGCAUUCCAAAUUACCUCCAAUUACCAUUGAUCGAUUCUGUAACCAUAAUAGCUGAAAAUGAUUUUCCACACCAAUGGAAAAAUUUAAUGCAGCAAUUAAUUAGUAAAUUUAAUGCUGAAAAUUUCGCACAAAACAAUGCUGUCUUGGAAACACUUCAUUCGAUAUUCAAAAGAUAUCGUUAUGAAUUUCGUUCCGACGAGUUGUACACGCAAAUUAAUAGUGUAUUAGAUCAAAUCUGUGAACCGUAUUUUCAACUAUUUAAGGCCACAGAUCUAUUAAUUACACAACAUGCUAAUGAUGUUUCGAUUCUUCGUGUUCUGGCGCAAACGUUUCUUCUCUUAUCAAAAAUUUUUUAUGAUCUCAAUUGCCAAGACCUGCCGCCAUUUUUUGAAGAUAAUAUCAAUGAAUUUAUGGACGUGUUUCAUAAUUAUUUAACUUAUUCAAAUCCUCUAUUGGAAUCGCAAGAUGAAGAUGAAAUUGGUCCAUUAGAGAAAAUAAGAUCAUCAAUAUGUGAGAUUGUGUCACUUUAUACCGGAAAAUAUGAAGACACAUUCACAAUGUUACCGAAAUUCGUUCAGACAAUAUGGACAUUAUUGACCUCCACUAGCUUGCAGCAGAAAUAUGAUAUUCUUGUUAGUAAAGCCAUGGGAUUUCUAACUACAGUAGUAAGACUAGAAAGAUAUCGACCGCUCUUUCAAAGCGAAGAAACUCUACAACAGUUCUGUGAAAGGAUUAUUCUUCCCAAUAUGUCUUUGAGAGAAUCAGACGAAGAAUUGUUCUCCGAGGAUCCAAUCGAGUAUAUCAGAAGAGAUCUCGAAGGGUCAGACAGUGAUACGCGCCGAAGAGCUGCGACUGAUUUUGUGCGCGGAUUAAUGAUUCUCUAUCUGCAACCAAUUACUCAAAUUAUCAAUAAUUAUAUCGGUGCUUACCUCCAGCGAUAUAAAGAAAAUCCUUCUCUAUGGAGAGACAAAGACACGGCGAUCUAUCUUUUGACGUCGAUAGCCGCCCAAGGAGCUGCCACAAAACAUGGAGUGACCCAAGUUAACAUGCUGUUAGAUGUUGUCGAUUGGUUCUCCAAAAAUGUUUUACCAGACUUCCAGACUCCUGUUGAUUCGGAACCUGCUAUAUUGAAAGUUGAUGCAAUCAAAUAUCUUUAUACCUUUAGGAAUCAGAUGUCCAAGGAACAACUAGUUUCUGUAUUGCCAGCUCUGAUAAAGCACCUUUCAUCUACCAAUUACGUCGUUUAUACAUAUGCAGCCAUAGCAAUUGAACGCAUAUUGUGUAUGAGAAAAGAAAAUGUUAUUUUAUUUACUCCCGUCGAUAUUGAAGAAUAUGUGCAGACUAUCUUGGUGAGCUUAUUUAGAUUAAUUGAAGCUGGAACAACACCUGAAACUUUGGCCGAAAACGAUUAUUUAAUGAAAGCGAUAAUGCGAGUGAUUUUCGUUUCUCGCGAACGAAUUUCAAAUCUUGCACCAGAAGUGAUCGAUCAUUUGAGUAGAAUAUUGAACCAAAUCAGUAAGAAUCCGAGUAAUCCCCGGUUUAAUCAUUACGUAUUUGAAUCGAUCGGUGGAUUGGUGAGAUUUUGUUGUCAGAAUAAUCUCGCUUUAGUGACACAAUUUGAGAACAUUUUGUUCCCCCCAUUUGACCAAAUUCUUCGUCAGGAAGUUACCGAAUUUAUUCCGUACGUCUUUCAAAUACUAUCCCAAUUACUUGAAUGUCAUACGGAACACGAUUUGCCACAAAUGUACCGCGAUAUGUUGCCAGCUAUUCUUAUGCCUAAUAUCUGGAGUUCUAGUG